CCACAAAGAGACAAACCAGAUGUAGAAAUGUUCACAGUGAUUAACUGACAUACACUGUUUCUCAUGUAUGUGAUCGACCUGCUGAUCAAACAGAGACGAGAGGAGAAGCUAUGAGUUCAACAGCAGCAGCGAGUGGAUUUGUUGUCCUCCUUCUCUCUGUACACGUGGUACAGGGUGCGAAUGACUGGGGAGUGACUUACACCUCUACUGAGAUCUGUGCCUCAAAAGGAUCAACAGUGGAAAUACCCUGCACAUACAAAUACCCAUCCAAACAAAAAACACUAUAUACCACAGUUACAAAUCAAUUCUGGUUUACUAAAUUUAAUGGAUAUGUACAUGUGGAUCUGAGAACAGACCCACAGUAUUUAGGUCGUGUGGAGUACAGUGAUGAUAAGAAGGACUGCACUCUGACAAUCACAGACGUGAGAGAGAGCGACUCAGCUGAGUACAAGUUCAGGUUCAUCACAAACCUCGACGAUGGAAGAUAUACUGGUUCACCUGGAGUCACUUUGUGGGUCACAGAUCCAGGUCUCCAGGUGAAGGUGAGAGAAUCUCCAAAUCGUGGCUGGAUUGAGUGUCACAUUAUUUGUCAUCGACCUGAUCAUCCUUCCUACAUCUGGUACAAAAAUGGACAGAAAAUUCCAGCAGCAACAUCUUCUUAUUAUUAUUAUCCAGACUACUUUAAUGAUGCAGACAGUUACUCCUGUGCUGUCGCAGGACAUGAGGAUUCCCCCUCUCCUUCAGUGUGUGUCGUUGGUCAAUCCUGCAACAGAGUGACGUACACUCACAGAAGCAUCUGUGCCUUCAAAGGCUCAUCAGUGGACAUUUCCUGCACGUACAGCAGUUAUGGAUACUAUGUCGAUUCAAAGUUCUGGUUCAGUCCUGAACGUAGCCGUCAGUGGCUGAAUCCAUCACAGCCUAAGGACCUCACAGGAGACUCCCAGUAUGAAGGUCGUGUUCAGGUGAUCACAGAGAGUGGACGCUCCACUCUGAGAAUCACUGACCUGACAGAGAGUGAUUCAGCUCAGUAUCGCUUCAAAUUCAGAACAGGAAGCUUUGAAUGGACGAGUAGUUUACCUGGAACAACUCUGAUUGUCACAGCUCUGAAGGUGCAGGUGACCAGAAUAAAAGUCCACCAGUCUUACACCGAGGCAGAGCUGAAGUGUCACAGCAGCUGCGGUCCAGCUGGUCGUUCUUCCUGGUUCAAGAAUGGAGAGGAAAUCACAGGGGUGCAGAUGUCCUCUUAUAAAGGCUUCUUUUAUCCUGGAGACAUCAUCUUUUGUGCUUUGAAAGGACAAACUUACGUCUCUCCCUCAGUGUAUGCUCCGAAGCCUCCCUCUGUGUCAGUGAGUCACGCUGGUAAAAUCAUGGAGGGCAGUUCAGUGACUCUGACCUGCAGCAGUGAUGCUAACCCAGCAGCUAGUUACACCUGGUACAAGGAGAAUGUGAACCUCAAAGCCGUCAGAGAAGAAGCACAGCUUGUCUUCAGGUCCAUCCAGUCCUCUGACUCUGGAGAGUAUUCCUGUGCAGCUGAGAACGAGCUGGGGAGGAGAACAUCUAAAAACAUCUUUAUUAAAGUGACGUAUGCUCCAAAGCUUCCCUCUGUGUCUGUGAGUCCCUCUGGUGAGAUAGAGGAGGGCAGUUCAGUGACUCUGAGCUGCAGCAGUGAUGCUAACCCAGCAGCUAAAUACACCUGGUACAAGAUGAACCAAACACUGACUCCUGGAGACACGUAUCAUUUCAUCUCUAUCACCUUGGAGGACAGCGGGAUCUACCACUGCAAGUCUGAGAAUGAGCAUGGCCAGAUCACCUCCAACCCUGUACACAUAGAUGUCCAGUAUGCUCCGAAGCUUCCCUCUGUGUCAGUGAGUCCCUCUGGUGAAAUCAUGGAGGGCAGUUCAGUGAAUCUGACCUGCAGCAGUGAUGCUAACCCAGCAGCUAAUUAUACCUGGUACAAGGAGAAUGAAGACUCACCAAAAGCAUCAGGAGAGAUCUUCACCAUCACUGACUUCAGAGCUGAACACAGCGGGAAUUAUAUCUGUGAAGCCCAAAACGGAAGGGGGCGUCGCAACUCCAUCUUACAUCUGACUGUUUCAGCGGGUUUAGUGAAAUCUGCAGCUGCUGGAACAAUCACUGCUGUUUUUCUUGCCAUCAUGUUCCUCUCUGCCCUCUUAUUUAUUAGAAGAAAGACGGCUUCGAAACAAAGUACAGAACGACCAGACAACACGGCACAGCUCAACGGCCCUUCAGCUCCAGCCCCAGACGAACUUUACUAUGCUAGCAUAAGGUUCUCUAAAAACCAAGAAGAUCCUCUCUACUCCAACAUCGGGGAAGCUCAGCCAAACAGACACAAGAAUGAAGAGGAGGAGGAGGAGGAGCAGGAGGGCGCUGUGGAGUACACGCUUGUCAACUUUAAGCGUGCUUCCCCAGGAUUAAGACUUCAGGAUGCUGCGGAGGAUUCAGCUGCGCUGUACAGCACAGUCACCAAGAAACCAAGAAUAUGAAGACAAGCUGAAUCUGUGGUCUACUACUGUACAGGGUUUAAGCAGCUGUCCCCAGUGGCUUUGAAAUAUACCUAUCAGGACUGACCUGAUGAGUAAUGCAACACAGAGACACCUGUAAAAAUCAAACACAUAAGCAGCAAACCUAGCUUCUCUCAGCUAUUCAGUAAACAAGUCCAACAGUUUCAGAUGUUUGUCUGGUCAACAGUGUAGCCGUGUGUGCAAGAUACAGUUUGUUGAACCGCUGGUAAUUUUACUUUGACUUGGCGCUUAUCUCUUGCUCUCACUAAAAAAUAAUUCUGAAUAUUAGGUCAGAGUCAAUAUAUUGUAUUGUAUCUCUAGAGUACUAGUAUGAGUUAACUAACAGGUGUAAAAUGUGUCUUUCAUAAAUCCCAAUAGAGAAUUUGGAUACAAAUAUUACUAAGGAGUGAUAUUUCACUGCUUGGGCCAGCAAACCAUUUCCAGCAUCUUGUUAAGUAUACAGCAAUAACUUUAACAUAACUUUCUUUCACAAUUAUCUGUUUUUAUUGUCAAAUGUUGUUUUUUUUCUAAUUAGUAAGCAAGUCUUUUAUUCAAGUACUCAUCUCAUAACUUAAUAAGAUUUUUUUUAUUUACUGUGUUUUUUUAAAAGUCUGUGACUCAGUCUGUAUUCUGCACUGAUUUAUGUGGUUUCCGUAACUGAAUAUUUUAUUAAAUAAAGAUAUUCAGCUAAACAUUCUUUCCCCAGGCUAUUCCAGCUGUCAGCAGAUUCAUGCAAGGUGUUCACCGCUGAAUUGUGGGUGAACCAGGGGGGGCAUAGCCACCCUGAAAGAGACCUAAGCUCCCCUAAAAAAAACAAAGGUUUGAAUGAUGUGGUGUCAAAAAAUGAAUAAAUUAUCAACCAUUUUAUGAACGUGAUUAUGUAAAAUGAUAGCAAAGAUAUUAUCAGAGAAGGACACACAGCUCCUGCUGUACUGCAAUAUGAUUGGUCCCUGCCUCAUCUGCUGAUACAAGGGUUUAGUGGACGAGUUACUGCUCUGUGCCCCUUGAGCACCUUGUGCCUCUUAGGAUUUGUUCCUGGAUCAACAUCCCACAUUCCUGGACCGACAUUGGGUUAUAAUUGACCUUUGUUCACUUUAGAUUUGCACUUUUUCACUGAACUCACGAUAUUUACUGGAUGUUCUCAUUUAAUCAACAAUGUCACAGUUUAGUUUGAUAAGUAGGCCUCUCUAAUCUGUCAUGUUAGGUGUGUUGCAAUAGAUACACGCCUCAAUGACAACAUUCACUUAUCUUUUAUAUCACUUUUCAGUAAAUUCACAUGAACAGUGGCCGACCUGUUCAUGUCAGAGAUAACAGUCCCCGCCCAAGAAGAUAACUGUGAACCACACCCGGAAAUCGGUGCUCCUUCUGACAGAGAUCAACAGAGCGCUGU